UGUUCAGAACAAAGCCCAGGAGCCAUCUUAAUGGAGGUGCUCAAUUCUGAAUCUCCAACUCAGUCUAAAUUGGCCCUGGAGAAUGUGCUUGGCAUGAAGGGCGGAGAUGGAGAUUCCAGUUAUGCCAACAAUUCUUUAUGUCAGUUAAAGAUGGUUCAAGCUUUGAAACCGAUUCUGGAGCGCAGCAUUCAUGAGAAUAUGAGAUUGGAGUUUAAUAGGGGAGGAAUAUUUAGGAUAGCAGAUUUCGGGUGUGGAACUGGGCGAAACACACUUGUGGUAGCAGACACCAUUGUCAGAGCUCUGCAAUGCUCACUUGAGGAACGGGAAAUGCCAGAAUUCGAGGUUUAUUUCACCGACCUUCCCUCAAAUGAUUUUAAUUUGCUGUUUCGAACAUUGCCUCCGCCCCAACAAGGCUUUACCGAUACAGACAGUAAUGGUGUCUGUGAUAUAAAUCCCGUGGCCCCAAGAUCUUACUUUGCAGCGGCUGUGUGUGGAUCACAUUUCAAACGUCUCUUUCCACAGAAAAGCUUGCAUUUCUGUCAUUCUUCUGCCAGUCUCCACUGGAUUUCACAGGUGCCAGAGAGUGUUCAACAGAGGAGGUCUCCUCGUGUGUACGUUUCGAAUGAUUGCGAGGAGGUAGUGGGGGCUGCGUAUCUGCACCAGUUUAACACAGACUUCACAGCAUUUCUAAAUACCCGAGCAAGAGAGAUUGUUGAUGGGGGAUCCAUGUUUAUAUCUCUGGUGGGUCGUAAUGCAGGCACCCAACUAAUGGAGGAGCAAGGAAUAUUAGGAAAUAUUGCGCGCCACUUAGAAUAUGCAUUUGAGGAACUAGUCAAUGAGGUUUAUACCUAAUGCAUUUUCGCUCCCCCCUCUCUAUAAGCAUGUUUUUCCACACCCUAGGAUGAGUUCUAGUUUAGGAAAUUUUCAGUAUGGUU